UUAUCCAGUGGGACGGGGGAAUGAUAAACCCCGGAUUCCCCGGACCGUUGUACUGUUCGUCAGGAUGCGAUCACUGAGUCGGGCCUCGCUCUUCACCGAGGUUUUCUUCAUCACAACAGUCGCCCUCAGCGCUGCAAUGGCAGUUGUGGGACAUUGUCCUCGGAGUCUGGACUGUGCCCGGGAGCGACGGCACUUCUGUCAGCCUGGCUCUUCACACUGUGGCCCAUGCCUAGACCCAUUUGUUGAGAACAAACGAGGGAAGUGUGUGUUCAGGAGACGAAAUCACUCUGCAGCCAAGGUGAAUUAUCUCCCAGAGCUAGAUGAAGAGAUAGACAUUCUCUCCUCCAUCAUCAGCAGCAAACACAAAGAAACAAAGAUGAAGCACUCAGCUCCCUCUCCAGCUGCUCCCAAAGUCACAGAGGAAGACCAUUCCUUACCGAGCAGUCAGCUCAGAGCAGAGCCAUCUCCUACCUCUGCUACACCUGAACAGCCUCUUACAAUUGCCCUGCCUACCUCCUCCUUCUCUACCAUCAGCCCAGCCUCACAUGCUCCCAUCAUCUCUGCUGUGCACAAUGACCCCUUUAUCGUCCCAUACCCCUCUGAGGACCACUCUUUCAUCAUAUUUUUGGGUGUGUUUCUCAUGGCGGGUUCUGUGGCCAUGGUCUUGACUGGACUGUAUUGGGUCAGAAUGCAGAGAGGAAAUCAUCUGUACCAGAAGGUUGAGUAUCCUGCAUUUGGGUUAAGAGGUCCCCAUUCUUAUGAUGGUGCCAUGCCUGGAGAUAAGACACUUGCUCAGAGUGCCCAGAUGUACCACUUUCACCUUCAGAAGCAGCAAAUGAUGUCACUCAAGCAAAGAAAGGAGUCCAAGAUUCUGGAGUCAGGAGCCACCUCAGAUGAGGAAAAUGAAGAUGGAGACUUCACUGUGUAUGAGUGCCCUGGACUCGCCCCAACUGGUGAGAUGGAAGUGAAGAAUCCACUGUUUGAUGACUCCACCUUUCAUCUUCACUUGCAGAGGAGUUACAACUGAAUGUGAGGACACAUCAUCUCAGCAAGAUCACCGCAUACACAAACACGCAUGAACACUUGUGAUUCACAAAGGUGUGCUUACACCAUCUGAUCCAUUCAGGCAUUGGUAGCCAUGCAGUGAAGGUCAUGAAGACACUCUGCACUUAUCAUGGUCUUCAUGGUUUUUAUGGACAUUUGAGGGCAGGUUUUUUCCUCGCAGAGUCUUUGUCUGCCUGUGUUUCCUUAAAGGAAUAGUUCACCCAAAAAUGAAAAUUUGCUUAUCAUUUAUUCACCCUCAGGCCAUCCAAGAUGUGUCUGAGUUUCUUUCUUCAUCAAAACAGAAUUGAAGAUUUUUAG